AUGGCCAAGAAAGGACGCGGACGUUCGAAGGGAGCCUUCGUCAAGGUCCAGAAGAACAAGGCCUACUUCAAGCGAUACCAGCCAAAGUUCAAGAGACGACGAGAGGGAAAGACCGACUACUUCGCCCGAAAGCGACUCUGUGUCCAGGACAAGAACAAGUACAACACCCCUAAGUACCGACUUGUUGUCCGAAUCACCAACAAGGACAUCAUCGCGCAGAUCGCCUACGCCCGGCUCCAGGGAGACGUCAUCGUCACCUCCGCCUAUGCCCACGAACUCCCACGAUACGGCAUCACCGUUGGUUUGACCAACUACUCCGCUGCCUACGCCGUCGGUCUCUUGAUCGGCCGACGAGUCCUCCAGAAGUUCGGUCUUGACUCCAUGUACGAAGGCCAGAUCGAGGUCGACGGAGACGAGUUCUACGAGGAGGCUGACGCCGGCGAGAAGGCUUCCUUCCGAUGCUACUUGGACACUGGUUUGGCCCGAACCUCCACUGGUGCCCGAAUCUUCGGUGUCCUCAAGGGUGCCGCUGAUGCUGGUCUCGACAUCCCCCACAGCCCCAAGCGAUUCCCCGGAUUCGCCGACGGCAAGCUCAACGCCGAGGUCCACAAAGACCACAUCUUCGGUGGCCACGUUGGUGACUACAUGGAGAAGCUCGAGGAGGAGAACGAGGAAGCUUUCAAGCGACAGUUCUCUCGAUUCAUCAAGGCCGGCAUCAACUCCGAGAACAUCGAGGAGAUGUACAGCAAGGCCCACGCUGCUAUCCGAGCUGACCCCGCCCCCAAGGCUAAGGUCGAGAAGACCGUCGACAAGAAGCGAUGGAACCGAGCCAAGAUCAGCUACGCCCAGCGACGAGCCCGUGUUGCCCAAGUCAAGGCCUCCUUCCUCCGCGCCCAAGAAGCAGAAGAGUAA